AUGUCCAAUCAAAGCAUUCAUCCAAACAAUUACAACGAAUUGCGAAGCACCUAUAAAUAUUAUAUCGAUCCAUAUAAUGUUUUGUAUCAGCUGAAAACGGAAAAAGAAGAAGAAUUAAAAGAGAUUUACCAAAUGAUUAAAAUAGAAUUGAUUGAUUCAAAGAGAGAUCAACCAGAAAAUAUUAUUAGAAUCAUUUCUCAUAUCAUUCAGUAUAAUUAUCGCUAUAUCAAGUCGUAUUUUAUUCUUACCAAACUCAUCAUUGAUGAUUAUCAUGUGGAAGAGAUUGACUAUUUUAAUACAUUUUCAAAAAUCCUGUUUUAUAAAGAAUAUGGAAUUAAAUUAGACAAAUCUGAUGACUUUGAAAGAAAUUCUUAUAAAAAUCUGUAUAUUCUUACAGAAAAUACAAUUUACAGGGCAAUUAUGAAUAACGAUAUAGAAAAAUUCAUCUCAUUCACGGAAAGAGAAGGAUUUGAUAACAAUCAAAAAAUUGAAAGCGAUUUAUAUCCAUAUUCAUAUCGCGGAUUUUCACUACUUGAAUUAUGUAGUUAUCAUGGAGCAGUUGAUUGUUUCAAGUUCUUAAUAACAAAAUUUCACUCAAAAAUAACUUAUGAUUGUCUUAAAUUUUCAUUUUUAGGCGGAAAUCCAGAAAUCAUGAGUGAAUGUUUGAAAUAUCAAACACCAGAUAGAGAAUGCAUGAGGUAUGCAAUUAUUUCUCACAACAUUGAUUUUGUUACAUUCUUGACGAAUGAGUACAAUUUAAAAACCCAUUUAUAUGAUUGCAUAGAUUAUAAUAAUCUUGAAUCAUUUUUAGUUUAUUUCGAUCAAACUAAUGAUGUUAACAAAUGCUUUAUGGAUUCAUUAGGAUUUUUCAUUCCAUCCCUUUGCGAAUAUUUCGUUUCACUUGGAGCAAAUAUCAAUGAAAAAGAUGUAUGGGGAAAUACCGCACUUCAUCUUGCAGCACAAAAUAACAGUACAGAAACAGCAGAAAUUCUUAUUUUGCGUGGUGCGAAUAUCAAUGAUAAAAAUAAAGAUGGAGAAACCGCACUUCAUUUGGCAGCACAAAAUAACAGUACAGAAACAGCAGAAAUUCUUAUUAUGCAUGGCGCGAAUAUCAAUGAAAAAGAUAAAGAUGGAGAAACCGCACUUCAUUUUGCAGCACGAAAUAACAGUACAGAAACUGCCGAAGUUCUUAUUAUGCAUGGCGCGAAUAUCAAUGAAAAAGAUAAAGGUGGGAAUACCGCACUUCAUCUUGCAGCACGAAAUAACAGUACAGAAGCAGCCGAAGUUCUUAUUAUGCAUGGCGCGAAUAUAUAUGAAAAAAAUAAAGAGGGAGAAACCGUACUUCAUAUUGCAGCAUUGAGACAAAAUAAAAAAAUAGUUAAGCUUCUUAUUUUACAUGAUGCGAAUAUCAAUGAAAAAAAUAAAAAUGGAGUAACCGCACUUCAUAUUGCAGCAUAUAAUAAUAAUGAAGAAAUUGCCGCGCUUCUUAUUUCACAUAGUGCUAAUAUCAAUGAAAAAGAUAAAGAUGGAGAAACCGCACUUCAUAUUGCAGCACAUGAAAACAGUACAGAAACAGCAGAAAUUCUUAUUUUGCAUGGUGCGAAUAUCAAUGAUAAAAAUAAAGAUGGAGAAAUCGCACUUCAUAUUGCAGUAAGGAAAAAUAGUCAAAAUAUGAUCAAUGUUCUUAUUUUACAUGGUGCGAAAGAAUGA